AAACUUUCCACCAAGAUGGAUUAAUAUUUCAAUCCACCCGCGAGAGAGAAGUAUCAGUCAACUUGCUUCACAUGAUCCAUCUUUUUAAAAGGCUCCGUUUGGUCUAUCAAGGUGCACUUGCCGGAUUCAAAAAGCAUUUGAAAUAUCCCUACUUACUCACAUGCUUAAAUUCUUUCACAAGACUUCAAAAUACGCCACACGCUUGUGUGUACUUUGCGCUGAGCAUCUACAACCGGAGCAGGAGUGCCGCAGCAUGGGACUCAGCUGCUUCAAGUCCUGGAAACAUGACAGCAGAGGCCACAAAGGUAACAGAGAUGUGCUGGCCAGCCCAGGCUCCUAUUUCUUCCUAUCCAACAGCGCCGGUCAAGGUGACGAGUGGUUGAAGAGUCUUAACAAGGGAGUCUGGAUCCCUUUCACAGGAGUUUUUGGUCAGCGUCUGGAGGAGACAGUACUGUACGAGCGACGGUACGGGGUACGUUUGGUUCCUCUGGUGGUGGAGCAGUGUGUGAACUACAUCCGGGAACGUGGUCUGCAUGAGGUGGGCUUGUUUCGCCAACCUGGACAGACCAGUCGGGUCAAGGAGCUGCAGGAAGCCUUUGAUUCGGGGGAGAGACCAACCUUUGACGGUAACACAGACGUCCAUACAGUGGCCUCACUGCUGAAGCUGUACCUCAGACAGCUGCCAGAACCUCUGGUUCCGUACAGCCACUACCCAGACUUCCUGCUCUGCAGCCAGAAGCUAACAAGUGACCGCACACUGGGUUUGGAGGACCUGAGGAAUCUUCUUCAUGAGCUUCCAUUUGCAAACUUCAACCUACUCAACUACAUCUGCCAGUUUCUGAAUGAGGUCCAGAGUUACUCCAGCAGUAACAAGAUGAGCGUUCAGAACUUAGCAACUGUGUUUGGGCCGAACAUCCUCCGAGCCAAAGCUGAAGACCCGCAAAGCAUCGUGGGAGGUGCAGCAAUGGUUCAGGGGCUGAUGCUGGAGCUGAUCCGAGAACACGAGUCUCUGUUUGCCAAACUUCCUCCGCCCACAUAUGGCCGUGCACCUGUGAGUUCACGUGCAUCUCCAGGUGCUCUGAAACAGCCUCAUCUCCAGCCGCUGCCCUGCCUUCGCCAGCUGUCUCUGCCUCUUAUUGCAGAUCGCUUUGGUGAGGCCGGAGCAGCUGCACAUGCAGACAACCCCAGCAAUAUCUUCACUGUUACUGCCAAAGCAGACUUGUCCUCUAGCCAGAAGAAACACCUCGGCCAUCGCUACACCUCCUCUCACCCAGAGAACUGCUUCUAUCCCCUGUCCUCCUCCAGUCAGUCCAGUCAGCACUACUCUGACAGACACGACGUGGAUUAUUACCAGCUUCAUGCUGGCCUUGGACCAUCUCGUGCAAAUGUUCAAGCCACCACAGCCAACCUCCAGCUACACGACCCACAACCAGACGGCGCUAAGUCUGUGCUGCUCACUGGCUGGACAAAAGUUUGGCCAGAUCUAGAAAAAGCAGCUCCUUUCUGGAGUUCUGAUGGUGCAAAGGAAGAUGGUGUGAAUGCAGAAACAGCCAGCGGGGGCAGCAGUGAGGCACAGGAGGACAGCACCCCUUCUGCCUACGACAACCUGGACAGAGCAUCUAUUUGUCAGACGAUAGAGAACGUUACAGGUGGAAAAUGUGAAACUAACGCCCCUGGAGGGCAUAUUGGAACUUGUGAAGCAGAGGUGAAGCUAGAGGAGGUGGGCCUGAUGACAGACUUCUCUUCUUCAUGGUCUUUUUGUGAGGUACUACCAUUGGAUGAGAGCAGCGACGAUGCAGAGGCAGUUACUCAUGACAUGUUACCAAAGACACCUGAACAGUUGCCUUCAAAGCAAGAGGCAGAAAAGGAAAACAGAGAUGACGAUGAAGACAGCAACCAUCACAUUGAUGACGUGGAUACGCAUCACCCAAACUCUCUGGCCUCCUGUUCGGUCCGCAGUGAUAGUCCUCUCAGUACAGGCAGUUCAGAUGUGUUCCUCCCAUCUGGUCCUCCAAACCUCCAGGGGCCAGAGUCUCAGUCGGAAGCCACGGACAGUCCCUUGCAGGUGUUCCAGCUGCGGCAGCAGAUGGCCCAGCAGAAGGCUGAGUUCCAGACCAGGAUACAGAGGUUGGAGCGCUGCAACGACGUCCUCGAACGGCAGGUUGCUGUUCUGCGGCUCGGUCUGGAGCAGCAGAGGCGAAGCCAGAGCGUCGCCGAGGUCAAGAUUCGCAACAUGGAGAGAGCCAAAGCUGACGCCGACCAGAGAAACAGCACUCUGCAGAGGGAGAUGGAGUUGUUCUGCCACAUGUAUGGAGAGGUCAGGAGAAGAGGAUACAACGAUGGAAGAGGGGGAGGAAGUAUCUGAGUAUCUGAGGAAAAAUAAAACCUUGAAAGUACUUUAUUUAUUUAUUUGUAUUAACUUUUAUGCAUCCCACAAGGGGAAAUUAUUAUCUGCUUUUAAGCCAUCUCUAGUUGGACUAGGAGCA